ACCCCCUCUUGUAGAGUACAGUGCUAAUGUCCUCUGCAUUCCAGAUUUUGUAACGGAAAUUGCCAAAGUGUCCGUGUAUAGGCUGAGAGAAAUCUCACGAGUCCACAAUGUUUUGGAUAGUGGCAACAAAGAUGAAUUGGUUGCUCGAGUUGGCAUGGUUAGACGAGGAAGAAGCUAUUUGGCCUUCCAUAGGGAACUUGAAGCCAUAAGGAACAUCAUUAAUGCAACAAGAACCCUCAUGAUUGCAGAGAAAAGCCUUUACUUGGAAGAUCCCAAAGUAAUCCUCAAGAGGAGAAAGUUUGCCAUGCUGUCAGGUACCUCAAUAAUUUUGAUGCAACCAAGAGAUAGGGCGUCCACUCCUCAGCAAAAGCAAAAUGCAUUCCUGCCAGUGACGGAUGGUCUAUCACUAGACAAUCUCAAGGAAGCCCUGACUCCUCUAAGUGAUGAACUUUCUAUUUACCAGAAGUUGCAGCACGAAAAGAACCACCUUCGCAAAAAUGUCCCUGUGAUGUUGGAAGCCAUGAGAUCAGUGGGUGCUAGGGUUCUAGUAUCAUGGAGCAAGGAUGAAGUUGGAAUAUCUGGAUGGAAAUCGGGGUGGUAUGUUGGAACUGUCAGACAGUACAUAAAGGACAGUGACACAAUGGUGGUGGAAUUUGACACAGAAGUAGGUGUCACUUACAAGUACUGCAUAGAGAAAGAGGCCACCGCAGGAAAGGUCAAACUUGCACUAUCCACAGAGAAAAAGCUUGGCAGCUAUGAGGAAAUAUGUCAGAUUUGGGCCUUUGUUGAAUUUAAAUGGACAAAAGAUGACCUAGUGGACAGGGAGUGGCCAGCUGGUUGGUACGAGGCAGAGGUGCAGUCAUUUGACUAUGAUGACGAUGAUAUCGAGCUGGUUUUUUUGGAUGAACCUGGAUAUGUGUACAGUAUUCCAGUCCUACCAAGCCUUAUUUCAGGGACGCUCCGUCUGAAGAAAUAACUGUUUUGAUAGCCUUCUAUAUGU